CGGCGACGAAAAAGGAGGGCAGCGGGGAGACGCAAAGCUCGAGAGCGGGGAGCUUCCUGGAGUUCCGAUUCGGCUGCUCUGCUCUGCUCCGCUCGCUGGUUUCUGUCCCUGCCGUUCUUGAGCUCCGGCGAUCGGAUUCGACGGCCGCGCGCCGGAUUGGUCGAUCCGGUCCGGUCCAUGGGGAACUGCUGGGGCUGGGGCGCCAAGAUCAGCUCCGACACCACCUCCUCCUCCUCGCCUUCAGGGACAAAUUCCAAGUACGCUAGCAGGAAUGGGGCAGCCUUGAGCAACUCCAGCAGCUAUGCCUCGGUUGCGUCAGUGCCACGCAGUGAGGGCGAGAUUCUCGAGUCGGCGAAUGUCAAGGCCUUUGCCUUCAGUGAGUUGAGGACCGCAACGAGAAACUUCCGGCCGGACAGUGUGCUAGGGGAGGGAGGGUUUGGGUCAGUCUUCAAGGGGUGGAUCGAUGAGAAUAGCCUCGCACCAACUAAGCCAGGCACCGGAAUGGUCAUUGCCGUCAAGAAGCUUAACCAGGAAGGCUAUCAGGGCCAUAGGGAAUGGCUGGCUGAAGUGAAUUACCUUGGACAACUAUCACACCCGAAUCUUGUGAAGCUCGUCGGGUACUGUGUCGAAGACGAACAACGGCUUCUCGUGUACGAGUUCAUGCCUCGUGGGAGUUUAGAGAAUCAUCUCUUUAGGAGGAGUUCACAUUUCCAGCCCAUCUCCUGGAACCUUCGGAUGAAAAUUGCACACGGAGCGGCGAAAGGGCUUGCGUUUCUCCACAGCGACAUGGCCAAAGUCAUCUACCGUGAUUUCAAAACCUCGAAUAUCCUACUAGAUGCGAACUAUGACGCAAAGCUCUCAGAUUUCGGGCUGGCGAAGGACGGGCCGACUGGUGACAAGAGCCACGUGUCCACAAGGGUGAUGGGGACAUAUGGGUAUGCCGCACCAGAAUACCUUGCAACAGGCCAUCUUACCACCAAGAGUGACGUGUUCAGCUUUGGCGUGGUCCUCCUGGAGAUGCUGUCGGGGCGGCGCGCGGUUGACAAGAACCGCCCGAACGGCGAGCAUAACCUGGUGGAAUGGGCGAGGCCAUACCUGACGAGCAAGCGGCGCAUCUUCCGCGUCCUGGAUGCCCGGCUGGGCGGGCAGUACUCCCUCGCCAAGGCCCAGAAGGCCGCAUCGCUGGCGCUGCAGUGCCUCUCCGUGGAUCCCAGGAACAGGCCAACCAUGGAGCAGGUUAUCACUGUGCUGGAGCAGCUGCAUGAUGCCGAGGGAGGGAGCAGCCCUCGCCCCCAGCUGCAGAGGAAGCCGAGCAGCAACCGGAGCCUGGCUGGCUCGAGAUCGUCAUCCACAAAGGGGAGUAACAAGCCUGCUUCGCCGAGACCGGCUUGAUCAGUCGAGUUGGAUGAUAGCAAGGUAAUAGAGAGGUGUUUUGAGGUGUAACAUAAUAUAUGGUAGGCUCAUUAGAGGUGAUCUGUGAAGAGGCAGCUGAUCUUUUGUGUGCUUGUAUUUAGGAACAGCUCCUAGUGUUGGCAUGUACAGGUUGUAUCCAGUUUUAGCUAGUUUGUAUGUAUGUAGUUCUUUUUGUCUAUGCUCGCUUUGGUGGCUUUUAAUUCUGUGGUGCAGAGGUUUUGUUGA